UCAAAACAAAGGAUUUCGGUGUUUCACAUAAAAUUCACAAAACCUAUCAAGUUACAUAAAGAAGGUUUUAUUAACUUAUAUAAAGUUAUAGUAAAGGUUAUAAAUGUGUGAUAAAAGGUCUAGCUUACUUUUGCCAAGCUAAGUAAGAGUUUUGUCUGACAACGAGGAAGCAAGAUGGUUAUAGAAAGUUUGUGUAAAACAUGAAAUUAGAACAGAAGCACCAGGCUGUAUGGUGAAGGAUAUGAAAAGUAAUUUGCAUAAAAUCCAGAAGUCGCAGAGAAGCAACUUAUUGAAUAUCUGGAAGGAACAGCAUUAGUUUGGCACUGAUCACCAUUAUUGGUAGUGGAGUUAAGCUGAUUGACCAAUACCAUGGGACCAUUGCAACUGACAGACCUGCCGUGGGAAGACAUAAUAUACUGCUACAUAUUUCCCCACUUGUCCGCAGCAGACUUAUGGCGGUUUCGUGGAGUCUGCAAGAAAUUUGAAGCCUUGUUCUGUGCUUAUAUGCAGGCUUGUGAGAAACUUGAUUUGACUGCAUCAAAAAUGACAGAUGAAGUCUUUCAGAAGAUGACCAAAGACUGUGUGAACCUGCAGUGGUUAUCCAUGGCCCAGUGCUCAUGGGUGAAUGACGCAUCACUUAUGAAGAUAUUCAGAACAAACCCUCGUCUCAGAUAUGUUAAUCUGAGUGGUUGCAGUUCCCUUUCUGGGGCUGCCUUGCAGGUACUUGUUGUGAACUGCAAGAAACUUCAUACUUUACUCCUAGCAAACUGUCCAUGGUUGACUCAAGGGGGCUGGGAAGUAACAGUAUUUCAUCAGUCCAGCCUGCGGUGCUUUAAUGCAUCAGGUUGUUGGGAUGUAGAUGACCAGGUCUUCCAGAAGUUCUUUGCCAAAUUCACAGACCUGCACGAGCUACACUUGGCUCGUGUAGAACCUGUGACAGAUGAGACACUUUGCCUCCUGGCACAUGCAUGCCCUGCUCUGAACUCUCUCAACAUAGCAGGAUGUUGGAGGGUAACUGAUGAAGGAAUAAGUAGGGUGGUUGAAUACUGUCGUAAUCUGCGUGUGCUCAAUGUAAAGGAUUGUCGUGAUGUAACAGAACAGUACCUUUGUAAACUCUUCGUCCGGGGAAUUUGGGUUAUUUCUGAUUAUUCCCUUGCUCAGAUGGUCAGCAGAAGAAAACGAGUCAACACUCUUGGCCUCAACAUACAAAUAUAAUUUGUGUGAAUGUAGUGGGUUUUAUAUACAAAUUAUAUUAAUACAUAAAGAGAGACAAAUAGAUGGAGCAGGAUGGAGAUAUAACUCGACAGUCACAGUUUAUACUCAAAAAGAGAUUUUCUGUAGUUCUGUGUGACUGCUUUGGCUUUUGUAACAGGAAGUUUAUUAGUGCAGGUAUAUUAUAUUGUUUUCCCUUAGGUUGGCCUUCCAACUGUGAAAGCUUAUAGGACCUCUUCUUCUUUUACUAAGUCAGUUACUGACUUAGUAAAUUCACUCAGUGUACUACAUUCUCCACAGGAAUGUGCUCAGGCUUUUUUUUUUCUUCAUUUUUAUUACUAAUAUAUAUUGGGGAAAAAUA